UAUAAAUGUCAUUUUAUAUUCAUGAAAGUGUAUAUGAAGGAAAUCAACCAAUAGAAAAAGAAGAUGAUGUAACCUUUAUUUAAGGGCCAGAAUCUCUAGUUUUGGAUAUGAAAUUUUCUGCUGUAAAAUAAAUAAAUUCUGAUUUUAGGAUUAAAACUAAAUUCUACUUGUGAUAAAAGAGGGUUUCAAAUUGUAUGAUUUAUUGCAAGAUAAACUUCUAAUUUAUGAAGAAGAUUUAAAAUUGGGGGAAAUAUAUUCUAUUGAUUUCUUUGAAAAUUAAGAAAGUCAAUUUGUUAUUGCUUUAGAUUAAUUAAUUAUUAUUUGGGAUUAUAAUUAAAGGCAAGUCUUAAAAUAAUUUCCUAUGGUCUCAACUCCAUAAUAAAUUUCUUUUUGCGAUCCAUUUAUAAUUGCAGGAAUUAAAUAAUAAUAUCAAAAUAUUAUUUUAGUAUUAAAUAUUAGAACUAAUUAAGCUUAUAGAUAUUUAAAAAUAUAAAGCUUAAAUGAUUAGAAAAUAUUUGCAAAUAAUAAAAAUUUAUAUAAUUGCAUCUUAACUUAUCAAAAUUAAAAUGCAUCUUACUUACUAAUUGAUUUCUUACAUUAUUAGACUUUGCAAGGAAUAAAUUUAAAAACUAUGACAAUAAUUUCAGAUGAAUAAAUUAUCGAUAAUUAAAAAUAAUCUCUAUCAUAACAAAAAUAAACAGAAUCCUAAUUUAGAAUAAAUUUUAGUUUUGUUUAUAUAUAAACUUGUAUUACCAUUUCUGAUGAUAGCAAUUUAAUCGCAAUUUCUCCAUUAGUUGACAAUUAAAGAAUAUUUAUUUUCAGUAUUUCACCUUAAGAAUAACCAAAAUUAAAAUUUUAAUUAUAUAGGGGACAAACAAAGAAAAUGCUAAACUUAUAUUUUGGACCAAAUGAAAUGUUUGCAUGUAUAAGUUUUUAAAGUAAUUAUAACAUGACUAAAAAUGAUGGAACUAUUCAUUUGUAUUAUAAAUUAAAGGAAAUUAAUGAUAAUGAAAAUAAGGAUACUCAAAGUUUGACAAGAUUAUAUUUUAAAACUUAUUCUAAUUAUAAUACAUAUCAAAAAAGAAAUAAAAUGAUCUUACUUAAGAUUAAUAAAGAAAAAUUAUAAGUUUUUUCAGGUUAUUAAUUUAAAUUUGAAGAGUAAUUAUAAUUAGACUCUAAUUUAGUAAAAAAAGUUGUAGAGUAAGAAAACUACAUUAUUUGGCCAAAAAUUGAUCCAUAUUGA